CGCCCGCACACACACCCCCCACCUUCCAACAAAAAUGGCUGCCAUCUGCGCUAUGAACAUCGUCGCCAAGGCGGCGACGACCGGCAAGGUCAAGACGUCCCAGUCCAAGACGUACAAGGACCUCGGCGCCGCCGUCAAGGCCGGCCUCGUCCGCGGCACCGCGCCCUUCCCCGAGGGCAUCGACGCGUUCGGCUUCUUCAACGGCAUCUCCGAGGGCGAGGCGAAGCGCUACGCGGACGUCGAGAUCACGCACGCGCGCAUCUGCAUGCUCGCGUCUCUCGGCUUCCUCGUCGGCGAGCAGGUCGAGGGCUCCUCCUUCCUCUUCGACUCCAACGUCACCGGCCCGGCCAUCAACCACUUCCAGCAGGUGCCCGGCCUCUUCUGGGGUCUCCUCGGCGCCGCCAUCUUCACCGUCGAGGCGUCCCGCGUCCAGUACGCGUGGCAGAACCCCUUCGACGCGGAGAAGCUCUUCCUCCUCAAGGACGACUACACCCCGGGCGACUACAACUUCGACCCGCUCAAGCUCUCCAAGGGCAAGGACGAGGCGUGGCUCAACGACAUGAAGCUCAAGGAGAUCAACAACGGCCGCGUCGCGAUGGUUGCCAUCUCCGGCAUGGUCGCGCAGGAGCUCGUCAACGGCCUCAACCUCAUCCCCGCGGACGAGGUGCUCGAGAUGGGCAAGGAGGGCGCGCUCAAGGCGAUGGAGGCUCAGUGCACUGGUGCUCCGGAUGAGGCUGCGUGCGCGAAGGCGUUCGAGGCUGCCGAGCGCGCCGCGGUCUUCGCGUCCACGCUCUAAACGAGCGAAGGGACGACGAUUUUUUACGACACAAGACGACGCGCGCGCGAUUCAUCGGGGUCGGACCUCUCGCAUUGAGAGGGGCCGAUCGACUGCAGUAGUUCAGUAAUUCUUUUAAUUUUAAAUUCUCAUAGUACGCCGCGACAAAAACACGGCGACGGUCU